GUGAUGUAACGGCACAAUGAUUAUCCGGCACCAAGAACUCCAAAGCUCUGUGACAAAUCUGAUAACGCGAUCGGACAAUCUGAUAAAAAAAAUUACAUCCGACCGCGGGAGAUUCGCAGCAUACAAAUCCAUCCAUAACUACAUCCCCCGGAGACAUUGCCUUUGCCGUCGUCGCCAAAUUCGCGAACUUCCAUUUCUCUGUCCUCUCCUCCCGUAGUUCUCUGUAUAACAUCUUACUCGUCGCAUAUCCAAGUGCCUCUUUUCUCUCCAGCUUCCAAUAGGACCUUUAUUACUCGAGUCAUACCCCGCCUUACAACGGGAUAUAUCCAGCUUGGAACCCGCAACCAUGUCAACCCUGAACGAAAUUGCUUCGGAAGAAGCCUUCUAUAAUCAUGUCUCCUCCCUCCCAUCAUCCGCUCUUCUAGUCCUCUAUUUCCACACCCCCUGGGCUGCACCAUGCACCCAGAUGCGCACCGUGCUCUCCACCCUCGCUUCUACCUAUCCCGCCACCACUCCGCCCGCCAUCUCCUUCGUCAGCGUCAACGCUGAAGAGCUCCCGGAUAUCUCCGAAGAAUAUGACGUUACUGCAGUCCCUUUUAUCGUCCUUGUCCGCGACGGCAAGACCCUCCAGUCCCUCUCCGGCUCCGACGCAAUCAAAGCCCGCGCCGCCAUUGAACAACACGGCGGUGCGACAGCAACGGGCAGUACCACCGGGGCAGAAAAGCAAUCCAUCCCCCCCCCUCUUCAUGCAGAACCAAGAAAAGACCUCUCCACCUCUAGCACCUCUGAUACCCCUGGCGCCAACACAAAUGGGGCAGCCGCAACCUCCACCUCCCCCACCCCACCGCCCACGAAUGAAGAGCUUUUCGCCCGUCUGGAUGAACUAGUGAAGGCUGCCCCAGUCAUGCUAUUUAUGAAGGGAACACCAAACGAUCCGCAGUGCGGCUUCAGCCGGCAGAUCGUCGCUAUACUUCGUGAGAAUGGCGUGAAAUAUGGCUUCUUCAAUAUUUUGGCGGAUGAGGACGUGAGGCGGGGCUUGAAGGAGUAUGCUGAUUGGCCGACGUUCCCUCAGUUGUGGAUAGGGGGCGAGUUGGUGGGUGGACUUGAUAUAGUCAAGGAGGAAGUCAGCGCAAACCCGGAGUUUUUCAAAGAUUACUCGGUAGCACCGCGAGGAUAAGCAUAGAUAUCUUUCGUUCUUUCCACUCCCCUGAUUAAAUUGCGGAAUGCAAUUUCUUCAGUAAACUCUUCCGUCUUGAAUUUUCGUAUUCAGAUCUAUUUCUUACGACUCUCUACAUCUUCCGUGGUAUACUUGUUCUAAAAGCAGUUCGACCUUCUCCCGCUUUUCCCUAGUGCUAUCUCCACGCAUGGGAUAGUUGAGCAUGAAAGCAACGUGGGCCACUUGGCAUAGUAUCCACCCUUCAAAUCGGACUGGGCACUUUCCGAGAGAGGGUUUCCCGGGAUGGAUACAGCAGACAGCAGGUUAUAAAGCCCAAAAUCAGAUAAUAAUGCAAAAUCAAUGGAAUUGAGGGGAUUGCCAAUUAAAUGUAAAAUAACACGAGAAGAGGAAGUGGAAAUAUCGAAUUCUAAAAUACAGUGCACAAUUGCCAGUAUAUGCAUUUCUAAGAUCACAAUCCCUAGCUCCUCGCUUCACUGCAUACUGAUUCCUUCUCCAAAUACUAUUCCACCCACUGAAAUGAAAAUCGAAAAAAAAAAAAAAAAAAAAAAAAAAAAAAAAAAAAAAAAUUAGAAUCGCCCUGACCAGAUGCUGAACAAUAAGAUUAGUCAAUAUAGCUAAACUACAUAUUUCUUGACCUCUAUCAUUCGUUCAGGGGGAUUCACAAACGCAAGGGCCCAAAAGCUCGGAGCCCUUGCCUCUGGGUGUCUUGACUUUGAUCCUCGACUUCUUUAAACAUCCUUCGUAGCAGUCUGCGUCUUCUGCUCAUAUAAACUCGCUACAAGCUUGCGUGCGGGGUGGUUCAUCCAACUGAACUGAUCCCGUUGACUCAGCUGGCGAUAUGUCGACUUCAAAGCAUCCUCGUCCACGUAUGCGCCGCGCAACCAUCGUUCGCCGCUGUUUUCCCCAUCGCUGGCCCCGGAGAGGUCAAAUGCGUUCCUCGCAUGAACCACACGACGGUUUUGGAAUAUCACGCAUUGGCCCGGUUCCAGUUUAAUUUUGAAUAUGUUCUCUGGCUUGGCAAGCUCGGCAGCAAAGGCUUUCAUGGCUUUAAGGUAGAGUUUCACAUCCGAAACGUCUUUCACGCGCUCUGUUAGGUAGGAAGGUGCUUGGAACGGCGGGGAAUAAUUAACGUAGUUGACGUAAGGGGUAGUGCUCGUCUUGGGCGGGUUUCCGAGGAAUUCCUCUCCAGCCUCGAUUUCGAUUGUAGGAUGGGAAUAUUGGUAAUGCUGGUUGUUAUUCUUGUACUCGAAACGAGUGGACGUUCUGGCAAGGGCGUCGAACAGAGAGCGAUCGUUUCGCAGCAAACGUACCGCCGCCAGGAAGGUGUCUGCGAAGAGCGACUCGCCGCCUUCGAAGGAGUUCCUUAAGCAGUGAAGCAACUGAUACCCAGGUGGGUCCUUCAUAUACAACAGGUCCAUGUGAAAGUCAA